CACUCAUUCAACCGCAACACUUCUUACGCUCAUUUCACGUACAUAAAAUACCGUUCAUUACCCACCAUGAAGCUUACCACUUUCCUCGCCGGCGCCGCCACCACCGCCGCCCUCGCCAGCGCCCAGUCCGUCACCGGCAAGGCCGAGGGUUUUGCCUCGGGCGUGACCGGCGGCGGCGACGCGACGCCCGUCUACCCGGCCGACGUUGACGAGCUCAAGGAGCUGCUCACGAGCGAUGACCCGCAAGUCAUUGUUCUGAAGGAGGAGUUCAACUUUAUCGGCACCGAGGGCACGACGACAGGCAAGGCGUGCGUGAACUGGGGCACGGGCGACGCGUGCCAGCAGCAGCUCGACACGGGAUCUGGCUGCGGCGACAAGGACAGCGUUGACGCGACGUACGACAACGCGGGCAAGAAGCCCAUCGACGUCACUUCGAAUAAGACGCUGCUGGGCGAGGGCUCCAAUGGCGUCAUCAGGGGCAAGGGCCUCCGCUUCAGGGCCAACGCCACCAACAUUAUUGUCCAAAACAUCAAGAUCACCGAACUUAACCCCAAGUACGUCUGGGGUGGUGAUGGCCUCAGCUUCGACGAAAGCGACCUCAUCUGGAUUGACCACGUGACGACGUCGGAGACGGGCCGCGUGCACUACGUGUUCGGUCACGGCGCGAACUCGCGCAUCGAGCUGUCCAACAACUUCAUCAACGGCAGCACGCCGUACUCGACGGCCUGCGACGGGUACCAGUACUGGGGCAUGGAGCUCGUCGGCGCCGACGACCAGAUCACCUUCCGCAACAACUACCUGUACAAGGGCUCGGGCCGCAGCCCCGCGCUCAGCGGGUCGACGCUCUUCCACGCGUGCAACAACGUGUGGGACGACAACAACGGGCACGCGAUCGAGGGCGACACCAACGGACAGGGCCUGUUCGAGGGCAACGCCUUCAUCGACGUCAAGACCGUUGCCGACGACACGACGUGGGCGGGCAAUGGCCAGCUGUUCAGCUCGCCCGACGCCACCACGAACAAGAAGUGCGAGGAGUUUAUUGGCCGUGCUUGCGUCGAGAACAAGCUCGAGAACUCGGGCACCUUCGAGUACUCCGACACGGCUUUCAUGGCCAACUUCACGGAUGCGACUAUCCCCGCUUGCCAGUCGGUUGAUAAGAUCAUCGACUCUGUCCCUAAGAGCGCGGGUAACACUCUGUAAAUGCGAGAGCUUGUGGACGUGGACGCCGUGCUUGAUGCUGGUCGCCCUCUUGGGGCUUUUUUCAUGUAGUUAAUUACUGCC